AUAAUGCAAGUCUGCAGCCAGCAGAGCUCACAGUUGUUGCAAACUGCUCAGCACUAAGGGAGCCAGCGCACAGCACAGCCAGGAAGGCGAGCGAGCUCAGCCAGCCGAGCCAGCCCAGAGACCCUGUGGCUAUCGGCUGUCCCAGCUUCCCAGCGUCAACAGACCCGGCACAGGCUGAGAGGCAUUAAGAACGUAUACAAGGACCCAAGGGCUGGCCCAUCCAGAUCUGUGCGGAAUGCAAUCAGCUCUUUCUGUAUGGGAUGAGGUCAUUGGAUUGCCCGCCCUCAGCACGAUGGAUCUGCAUGUCUUCGACUACUCGGAGCCAGGGAACUUCUCGGACAUCAGCUGGCCAUGCAACAGCAGCGACUGCAUCGUGGUGGACACGGUGAUGUGCCCCAACAUGCCCAACAAAAGUGUCCUGCUCUACACACUCGCCUUCAUUUACAUUUUCAUCUUCGUCAUCGGCAUGAUUGCCAACUCCGUGGUGGUCUGGGUGAACAUCCAGGCCAAGACCACAGGCUACGACACGCACUGCUACAUCCUGAACCUGGCCAUCGCCGACCUGUGGGUUGUCCUCACCAUCCCAGUCUGGGUGGUCAGCCUCGUGCAGCACAACCAGUGGCCCAUGGGGGAGCUCACGUGCAAGGUCACACACCUCAUCUUCUCCAUCAACCUCUUCGGCAGCAUCUUCUUCCUCACGUGCAUGAGCGUGGACCGCUACCUCUCCAUCACCUACUUCACCAACACCUCCAGCAGCAGGAAGAAGAUGGUACGCCGUGUCGUCUGCGUCCUGGUGUGGCUGCUGGCCUUCUGCGUGUCUCUGCCAGACACCUACUACCUGAAGACCGUCACGUCUGCGUCCAACAAUGAAACCUACUGCCGGUCCUUCUACCCUGAGCACAGCAUCAAGGAGUGGCUGAUCGGCAUGGAGCUGGUCUCUGUGGUCUUGGGCUUCGCCGUUCCCUUUUCCGUCAUCGCUGUCUUCUACUUCCUGCUGGCCAGAGCCAUCUCGGCGUCAGGUGAUCAGGAGAAGCACAGCAGCCGGAAGAUCAUCUUCUCCUACGUGGUGGUCUUCCUCGUCUGCUGGCUGCCCUACCACGUGGCGGUGCUGCUGGACAUCUUCUCGAUCCUGCACUACAUCCCUUUCACCUGCCGGCUGGAGCACGCCCUCUUCACAGCCCUGCACGUCACACAGUGCCUGUCGCUGGUGCACUGCUGCGUUAACCCUGUCCUCUACAGCUUCAUCAAUCGCAACUACAGGUAUGAGCUGAUGAAGGCCUUCAUCUUCAAAUACUCGGCCAAAACCGGGCUCACCAAGCUCAUCGAUGCCUCCAGAGUCUCGGAAACGGAGUACUCUGCCUUGGAGCAGAGCACCAAAUGAUCCGCCCUGGAGAGGCUCUGGGACGGGGUUGCUUGUUUUUGAACAGGGUGAUGGGCCCUGUGGUUUUCUAGAGCAAAGCAAAGUAGCUUCGGGUCUUCAUGCUUGAGUAACGUGAAGAGGGGAGCACGUGCCCCCCGCAUCCAUUCUCUCUUUCUCUUGACGACGCGGCUGUCGUUCGGCUGUACGUGCUGACAGUUUUGCAACAGGCAGAGGUGUGUCGUACAGCAGUGCUGUGCAUCAGAGCCAGCUGAGGACGGGCUUGCCUGGACUUCUGUAAGAUAGGAUUUUCUGUGUUUCCUGAAUUUUUUAUAUGGUGAUUUGUAUUUAAAUUUUAAGACUUUAUUUUCUCACUAUUGGUGUACCUUAUAAAUGUAUUUGAAAGUUAAAUAUAUUUUAAAUAUUGUUUGGGAGGCAUAGUGCUGACAUAUAUUCAGAGUGUUGUAGUUUUAAGGUUAGCUUGACUUCAGUUUUGACUAAGGAUGACACUAAUUGUUAGCUGUUUUGAAAUUAUAUAUAUAUAUAUAAAAAUAUAUAUAAAUAUAUAAAUAUAUGCCAGUCUUGGCUGAAAUGUUUUAUUUACCAUAGUUUUAUAUCUGUGUGGUGUUUCGUACCGGCACGGGAUAUGGAACGAAAACUGCUCUGUAAUGCAGUUUGUGACGUUAAUAGUAUUGUAAAGUUACAUUUAAAAAAAACAAAAAACUGUUCCCGACUGCAAAUCUGUGCACACAACGAACAGUCGCAUUUCAGAGAGUUCUCUCCAUUUGUAAGUUAUUUUUUUUAAUAAAGAUUUUUGUUUCCUAAAAAUGCA